UUAUUGUAAAAAUUUUGAACUUUCCAUAUGAUUGAUGUUUAGGAGUUAAAUCUUUAAUCCUGUUUGAGCAAAACCAUAAAUCUAAUGUAUGACGCACUUGUAUAGUCAGUUAUCUUUUAGAAAAUAAGUUCCUACUUCAUCUACAGAGUUCACGUGCAUAAUGAGUGAUUCUUUUAUUAAAAACGAGCCAAAUUCUCCACACCAUGCUCAAAUUUCAUCCAGAUCUUCGUCAGCACAAAACAGUGAGAUUGAACGAGAUUCUUCAGAUUCUGAUGACAAUACCAAAAGUAGUAACUCGUUGAGCUACAAAGAAAGAAGACGAGAAGCCCAUACACAGGCUGAACAAAAGCGAAGAGAUAACAUUAAGAAAGGCUAUGAUAGUCUUCAGGAAUUAGUUCCUACUUGUGCACAAAACGACACUUCAUCUGGCUAUAAAUUGAGUAAAGCAACAGUGCUUCAAAAAUCAAUAGAUUACGUUUCUUAUCUGAAACAACAAAAAAUUAAGCAAGAAGAAGAACGUGCAGCUAUGCUGAAAGAAGUAAAGGCUCUGAGAAUCCUACAAAGGAAUUAUGAGCACAUGCUUCAAAAUCAACAAACUUCAAAUCAGCAAAUGGAAACGAUAAGCGACGAAAUUAAGUUUCAAGUCUUUCAGUCCGUAUUGAACGAAAUGUUUGUAACAUUUGAUAAGCUUCCAAUGAAUGAUUUUGAUGAACUUGUAAACUCAGUCUGUGAAUGGCUUGAAAGCAGUUUUUCAAGUCAAUAUAUUAAGCAAAUAGCUCAACAAAGCCUUAAUAACAUUGCAGCGUCAAAUGAUAAUGAACCAAUGCAGAAUUAAUUUAAAUAACAAAUGAGGACUAUUAUUAUUAUUGCUAUUAUUUAUGUCUAUGCAAUUCUAUCUACUUGAAGAUUAAUAAAAAUAUAUUUUUGUUUGUUUCAUUAUUGAUACAUUAA